AACGCGGUUGUUUCGCAAGUCCUCGACGAGCUCGGACUUCAAUUAACUGACCAGUUAUCUGGUCUUCCGCAAGCUUCUGGUUCCGUCGCAGCCGCCGCAGCUGCCAAAGUUCCUUCCGCCGUUGCAGUUGGCGGCCCUAGUUCCCCGGUGUCGGCUGCAGACGCGGAUUUGCAGGCUAGGCUUGAUAACCUACGCCGUUACUCGAAAGCUUCUGUGCUUCAAGAAAAGUUUGACGUGAAGAAGAGAUUUGCUAAGCAUGGUCCGCCGUUUCGAAUCCCCGUGAUAACGCAAGUGGAUUACUUGAAGAAGAAAGAGGACGGGACAUUGGAGGAAUUGGAAUUUCAACCAAUUGCACCGUCGAAAACCAUUGACUCGUGUUCACCCUUCCAAGAUGAUUUGCUAAAAAAAUUCAUUAGUAUGGUGAUGUGGGACGGGAACAAACUACUCGCACGAUCAUUGGUUGAAGAGGCGUUUAGGCUAAUCAAAAUGAAGCAGCUGGAGAAGUAUCACAACGUCCCUGAAGAAGAGAAAGAAACCGUGGAGUUGGAUCCAUUGAUCAUCUUUCAUCGAGCUUUGAAGAAUUCUACGCCGCACCUGAAGCUCACUCCCAUUAAAAGAGGAGGGGCUACAUAUCAGUUUUGCGAACUGAGGUCUGAAAUCCAGGUACCAAUUCCCGUGACGGAAAAGCAUGCGAGAUUCAUGUCCAUGAAAUGGUUGUUGCUCGCUGCCAGAGACAAAGGAAGGAAUGAAGCCCUUCCGCCGAGACUCGCACAAGAAAUUAUUGCCGCUGCUGCGAAUGAGGUAAUAGGUGACGUCGGUAAAUUGAGAAUGGGUGACAUGGAUCCCGGGCCGAUCCGCAGUCGACCCGCCUCUCGCCCGCAUCGAUUGACUCCAUACAAAAUCCGCACUGAUCCAUGCAGCACUCCGCUGCAGGGUGAAACCUCAACACCAAGCCUGGAUGACAAACCCUCGUACCUCCUUUGCCCCAUUUGCUUUGACUGCGUUUCGGAGCCUCACAUGACGAAAUGUGGUCAUUCCUUUUGCUAUGAGUGCAUCAAGCAAAGCCUGGAAAACUCCGAUCGGUGUCCCAAAUGCAGCUGGCAAAUUGAAAGCCGGAACGAUUUAUUCCCCAACUUCGUUCUAAACGACAUCGUCUCGAAAUUUCGGGGAAGUGGAAGAAAAGUUCAAGGAUACAAGGAUGACUACAGUGGAUUCGAUGCGACAGUGUCGAGUCAGUUUGCUCGUCUCACUAGACUGCUCAUGGACCCCAAUGAAAAAGUAGAACUGAAUGAAGUUGUUCAUCUUCAUAAGCUUCUCGAGCAGAAGAAACAAGAGCUCGAGUGCGAAUCCGAGUUGACGAAGAAUCAGUGUCUUUUGGAAUUCCUCACCCUCCUCCUGCAUCACAAAAGAGAAGAACUAGAGACUUUAGAAAAAGAGGUUUCUUUGAUUUCUGGGGAUCGUGAUGCUGUUCAAAAAUCAAUCGAUGCGUUAUUGGAACGCGCCGUGGUUCACGGAAACGACCGGGUUCCGGACAUGGAUGAAGAACCAUCUCCGGAAAUUGACUCGGGAUUGUCGGUGUCGCUGCCGUCGCUUGUGAUUCGGAGACAGCGGCUUUACAGCCACUUCCAUGACCUCACGAAAACCUACUUCAACUGCCGCUCCUUCGAUGCAAAUCCAGGUACGGAAAUAGACGAAUUCGCCUGUACACUGUCAAGAUUAACAUCAGUCAGCAAGUUCAAGCCGCUUGCCACGCUCAACUACGCCAACGAGUUCUAUACCCGUUCCAGUAUCGUCUCCAGUAUUGAAUUCGACAAAGACUCCGAAUUCUUCGCCAUCGCUGGAGUGACUCGGAAGAUCAAAGUAUUUGACUACAACACCACAGUUUCCCAGGACGUGGUCGACAUUCAUUACCCGCACAGCGAGAUGUUGUGUAGUUCGAAAAUAAGCUGCGUAUCUUGGAAUCCCUACUUCAAAGGAUGGCUUGCCAGCAGUGAUUACGAAGGCAGCGUUAUUGUCUGGGACGCGUUUGCUGGCACAAAAAUGCAUACGUUUCAGGAGCACGAGAAGCGGUGUUGGAGCGUAGAUUUCAAUCAUGUGGACGCAAAGUUGAUUGCUUCCGGCAGUGAUGACCAUAAGGUGAAAAUAUGGUCCACGAAUAUGAGCCAUUCCGCGCAGACCAUCGAAGGCAAAGCCAAUGUUUGCUGCGUGGAAUUUAGUCCUACUUCGCGAUACCACGUUGCAUUCGGCUCUGCGGAUCACUGUGUUCAUCUUUAUGACUUGAGAAACACUUCGGGACCUUUGCGUGUUUUCAAGGGCCACCAGAAAGCCGUGUCUUACAUCAAGUUCUUGAACGAAUCCGACUUGGUGUCCGCGUCGACAGACAAUCAGUUGAAAAUGUGGAACACGCAGCAGUCGUAUGCCGUGCAGACGUUUUCUGGGCACGUGAAUGAGAAGAACUUCGUCGGGUUGACGACGAAUGGAGAAUACAUUGCUUGUGGGUCGGAGAAUAAUUCUUUGUUCGUGUACUACAAGGGAUUUUCGAAACAGUUGCUGGAGUUCCAGUUUGAUCCUGCGCGCUCGAAGCUCGAUCGCGGUUCUCAAGCAGUUCCGGAUCAGACUAAUGAUUUUGUUUCAGCGGUCAGUUGGCGCUUAGGAUCCAAAGUCGUAGUCGCUGCAAAUAGUCAAAAUGAUUUUUCUGUCGACCGGUAUGCCGGCAAUUUCCCGAGCAUGGAUGCUACUUCCCAGGAGAUGAUUUCCCGAAUGAAAGACCAAGUUAGAAAGACGGCCUGCGAAGAAAUCCGAAGAAGUUUAGCGGCGUGUUCCGAGAGAUGUUUGUUUCAUGCGUCCAAGUGGCUCAUUGAGCUGUACGAUGCCAUGAUAAAUGCAGAAGACGACGAGCUGGAGGACUUUGGCGAAGAAACCACGUUUUUCGACUACGAAUACGAGCAGUAUUGCAACUUGUUGCUGGCCAGAGCGUGUUUCAACGAAGGAGAAUACGCGAGAGCCGCCUUUUUCACGCAGGAUUGCCAGGAACCCGUCGGAUUGUUUAUCCACUUUUACGCAUCGUAUCUCCAGCUCGAGCAAACACGGUUGGACAAUACGGUGGACGUAUUGGAUCCCAAAGAACCGAAACCGAAAGAACCCUGUCCCGAGUAUCUCCAGCUCGAGCAAACACGGUUGGACAAUACGGUGGACGUAUUGGAUCCCAAAGAACCGAAACCGAAAGAACCCUGUCCCGAGUUGUUGGAGCUCUUCUGCUUUAAUCUAGAUUUCCCAUUGAACUGGAGUGCCUGGCAGGAACUACUCUCAUUGACCACACACAAAUUAAUCCUAUCCAAGCUACGUCUGCCAGAUCAUUGGAUCAAAACCUUUUUCCUUGCCCAUGCAUUUCUGGAGCUUCAAGCGAUGGACGCCGCAUUGGAUGCUUGUCAAGCCCUUUUCGUCGCCGGUUUCCGACGCAGUCUUCAUGUGUGGACACUGGUCGCUGUUGCGCACAACAGCAACAGAGACUCCGAGGAGAGUUUGGAAGUUUUUCAGUUGAUCAGGAACAUUGAUCCAUAUAGACUAGAUUCGUUGGACGUGCUGUCCAAUUUGUUGUACACGAAUGAUGACAAGAAAGGACUGGAGCGACUGGCGCAGCAAGUCCUGGAGAUUGAUAGGUUCAAAGCGGAGACGUGUGUCAUAGUGGGGAACCAUUAUAGCUUGAGGGAAGCGUUUGAUAAAGCUGCGAUGUAUUUUCAUCGAGCGCUGAAGAUUAAUCCUGAGUGCUUGAGUGCCUGGACCCUUUUGGGGCACGUUUACAUGGAGAUGAAGCAGCAAAACGUGAACGCAGCCAUUCAGUGUUACCGGAGCGCAAUUGACGUGAAUCCCAGGGAUUACAGGGCAUGGUUCGGUUUGGGUCAAACGUACGACAAGCUGAAGUUCCCGUUUUUCGCGAUGAUAUACUACAGAACUGCUCUUGGCCUACGUCCCUUCGAUAAUCGAAUUUACCUAGCUUUGGCUGGGGUUUUCGAGUCCACGGGAGCAAUCAAGCCUGCGGUUGAAUGCUACAUGCGGUCAAUCAAGCUUUGCGAACCUCCCGCAACAAUAUAUUUCCGGUGGGCAGUUUUAUUGGACAAAUUGAAACGCAAGAAAGAAUCCGCAGAAGCGUUCCUCAAAUUCAUCAGCCUCGGUUGCGAGCAGGAUGGCUGCGAGGCCGAAUUUCUUCCGAUUGCUUACAAAUCCGUCGCCGAGUACAUGAUCGAGUCUGGCAAUUUAGUGGAUGCGCGGAAAUACCUCAAUUUAUUGUCCACGAGCAGCAAGAGGAAGGAAGUGCGUGAAGACUCGAAGGCCCUGGUUAAACGAUUUCGUGAAAUGAAGGCAGCUUUGGCUGCUUCUGGCGAAUCUUCAGCUUCCAUCGGAGAUGACGAACCGGAAAUCCCCGAUGAUGCUUGCGCUGACGUUGAAAUGGAGGUUGAAACUCCUACGCGCUGAAAACCUUUGGCUGUGAUUUUCUGAGGUUUUUUUAAUGCAAUCAUUCCGCGUUAUUUCGUGAUCAGAUUGAGUCUUUCAAAUGCUUCAUGAUUAC